AUGUCUGACUCGGAGAAUAUUAAACUCGCAGAAUAUCUGUUCACCCGAUUGCGCCAGCUGGGUGUCCAAUCUAUCUUUGGUGUUCCCGGCGACUAUAACUUGCGCUUGCUGGAUUAUGUCGUCCCCUCUGGUCUGCACUGGGUUGGAAACUGUAAUGAGCUGAAUGCCGCAUAUGCAGCUGAUGGGUAUGCCCGUAUUACUGGCGCCUCGGCACUGGUUACCACCUUCGGCGUGGGAGAAUUGUCUGCUGCCAACGGUAUUGCGGGCGCAUACGGAGAGAGAUCACCUAUCAUCCACAUCGUCGGCACUCCACCGCGACACCAGCAGGAUUCCCGUGCGCUGAUGCACCAUACAUUCGCAGAUGGGGAAUACAAGCGCUUCGCCGCCAUGGCUAAGCAUAUUACUAUCGCCCAAACCGAGAUUACAGAUGCCGCAACGGCACCAGAGAGAAUCGAUUGGAUCCUUCAGCAAGCUCUCAUUCACAGCCGACCCGUCUACCUAGAAUUCCCCGACGACAUGCCCAAAGUGCUGGUAUCAGCUGCAAAUCUCAAGAACCCAAUCAAGCUUCCCGAGGUCCCAAGCCCUACCUACGAAUCGGCUGUCGUCGGUCGCAUCCUAGAACGUAUCUACAGUGCCAAGCAGCCCGUUAUUCUCGUCGAUGGCGAAAGCCAAGCGCUCCGAAUCGUGGAUCAGCUCGACACGCUCAUCAAAUCUACCAAUUGGCCCACCUGGACCUCCUGCUGGGGCAAGGGUCUCGUGAACGAGUCCUACCCCAACGUCUACGGUGUCUACGCCGCCACAUUCGGCGACAAGCCCGCGCAGGAAUACUUCGAAUCUGCAGACUUAAUUCUCACUUUCGGCCCACAAUAUAGUGACACAAACAGCUAUUUCUCGCAAGGAAUUCCUAAUCCAAAGGCAGCCAUUACCUUUAGGGAUACAACCAUUCAAAUCGAAUCUGAUAUAUACCGCGAUGUCUCACCUUCCAAAGUCCUAUCACAAAUCCUCUCUACACUUGAUUCCACACGCACAACCAAGGCCACGGGCCCACCUAAAACAAUCAUCACAACAGACGAUAUCAAGCCCACAGAUCUCGUUGCACAGAAGAACUUCUUCAGACUGGUUAACUCAAUCUUCCGGGAGGGAGACGUCGUCCUCACAGAAACGGGUACAGCAGCGUACGGUGGUCGUGGAUUCAAAUUACCUCCUAAUACCCGGCUCUUCAGUGCUGUUACCUGGCUCUCUAUUGGUUUCAUGCUUCCCGCUACACUGGGUACAUCGCUCGCCAAGCGAGAUCAGAACGCAAGCUCUGGAACUCGGAACCAGGCAAUUCUUAUUAUCGGAGAUGGGAGUCUGCAGAUGACAGCACAGGAGAUGAGUGUGAUGAUCAAGAAGAAGCUUGAUAUUCUGAUCAUAAUCAUUAAUAAUGAGGGCUACACGAUUGAGCGGGUGAUUCAUGGCCGGAAACAGGAGUACAAUGAUGUACCCUUCUGGAGGCAUAGAGAGGCUCUUAGCUACUUUGGGGCUGACGCGGAACAUGUUAAGAAUAAUACGUUCGAGGCGAGGACGGUGGGUGAGUUGCAGGAUGUUUUAAAGGAUGAGAGGGUAACAGAUGGGAAGGGACUGCGGAUUGUGGAGGUCUUCAUGGAGAGAGAGGAUGUACAGGAAGGACCUUUAAUGUCGGUUUUGCAUAAGCAGCUGGCCGAGGAAGAGGAGGAGCGCAACUCUGUUUAA